AUACACAUUCCCUUACUUUCUAAAGCACAAAAAAAAGAAAAGCUAAAACAAAGAAAAAAGGAAAAACAAGAACAGCCCUGAAAUACGCGUUUCCCUUUUUUACUCAUGUCUCACUAUCUCUACACAAACCCGUACACCACAAAAGAUUACAUAUGAUGCUGUGUAUCUGUUGACGAAAUUGGUACGGAGUUAGAGAGAGUGGAAGGAAUUGGGAGUUGUACAAGUUGGAAAAUAAGGAUUUGAGUGUUUUGCAGUGGUUGAGAGUGUGAUUGAUAGAUCUAAGCUUAUAGGAAGGAGAAGAAGAAGAUGAGGAUUGUGAAGUCUGUUAAUUCUUCAGAGUGCCCAAGUUUGUGUGGAUUCUUGGUUGUGGAAGCUUAUCCCAAAAGGUAUUCUUCCAAGAUCCCCUCUGAUUUGGUGCUUUUCUUGGGCCUUGGCUUCAUAGAUUGGUAAUAUUUAUGUUGCAAGGAUAUCUGUGUAUCACAUAUAUCUAGAUAAAAAGAAGGGUGAAUUUUUAGCUGGAGAUAUUGGGAUUUUCUUUUUAAUAUUUUCAUAUUUAAUAUAGGAAAGAAGAAGAAGAAGAAGAUACAGAUUUUGUGUAUCGUCUCCAUAGGAAUUUUUCAUUAGUAAACUUAUGAAUUUGAUGGUUCUGAUUCAAUAUCUCCCACCUGUCUUUCGAGGGUUCAAGGAGAUUCAUGGGUUACGAUUAGAUAUGGUCUUCAUCUAGCUUUGGUCAUUUAGUUUAGGAUUAAGAUCUGUUUGGUUUUUCCUGUUUCUCUUAUAUGCCUCCUUUUCUGCUUUAAUCUUUUGGGGGAAAAUUGGGUAUUUGAAUUUGGUUUCGUUUGUGGAUUUGGGAUUUAGUUUUACGUCGUGGGCAUAGGGGAAAAGUAGUCAGAAUGAAUAAAUUUAGGGUCUUGAUGGAGGUGGGAGUUUGUUGCUGGGAUUGACAUGAUGGAGGUGUUUACAAAGAUUGGUUUUUUGUCAAAAUGGUUAUUGGGAUGAAAUUAGUUGGUCCUACAUCAGAAAUUGCCCUCAGAGAGAGAGAGAGUGUUUGAGAUGGGGGAUGCUCUUCUGACGGUAUUGUCAAUGGAGAAUCAUCACCCUUCAACCGUCUUGUCCAUGGAUUCAAGUGCUUCAUCCUCGCACGAUGAAUUAGAUCUCGAGAUGAAUCGCCAGGUUGUUUUAACCCGUCCACCUGACAUCAAUUUACCCCUUUCAGCCGAGCGAAGCCCCCCACCACAGCAUUGGAAUCCUGAACACUGUGAUAUUCUUGAUGUUGGACUAGGCACUCAGACAUAUGAGACUGAGACUUUUCUUACUGUCCCCAAGGUUGGGAGGAAAUGCACUAAACGGGUUGAUAGCAUCUGGGGUGCUUGGUUCUUCUUCAGCUUUUACUUUAAGCCUGUUCUCAACGAGAAAUCAAAGGCAAAAAUAAUACGUGAUAGUAAUGGAGUUUCUGGUUUUGAUAAAUCUGACCUCCAACUUGAUAUUUUCAUGGUUCAACAUGACAUGGAGAAUAUGUACAUGUGGGUAUUCAAGGAACGGCCUGAGAAUGCUCUGGGUAAAAUGCAGCUCAGGAGUUAUAUGAAUGGGCAUUCUCGUCAAGGAGAGCGCCCCUUUCCGUUUAGCGCUGAUAAAGGUUUUGUUCGGUCUCACAGAAUGCAGCGUAAACAUUACAGGGGUCUCUCAAAUCCUCAGUGCGUUCAUGGUGUUGAGGUGGUCCCAUCCCCAAGUCUCAUGGGUCUUGAUGAAGAUGAUCGAAAGAGAUGGAUGGAACUGACCGGGAGGGAACUGAACUUCAUUAUUCCUCCUGAAGCCAGUGAUUAUGGUUCGUGGAGAAAUCUUCCAAACACUGAGUUUGAACUUGAAAGGCCGCCUGCUGCUAUUAAAGCUAAUAAUCCACAUUCUCACUCAAAGAAGUUGCUUAACGGAUCUGUUCUAAACCUGUCCACUCAGCUUUCCAACCACAGCAAUGGGGACGUGAAAGAUCUUUCACCUGUCAGCAACAAAAGAAAGAAAGAUUUCUUCACACAGGGAAACCACGACGAUUGUUAUUUGGCAGUAAAUGCUCCUGACCGGGUCCCUGAUUUGGAAGUCCACCCAAAUGAGCCAAAUUGGUUAAAUGGAUUUAGUGGGGUGCUGAGGAAUGUUUACGGCCCUGUCACGGCUGCUAAAACAACCUACGAGGAUGAAGCAGGUUAUUUGAUUCUAAUAAGCUUGCCAUUUGUAGAUCUCCAGAGGGUAAAAGUUUCCUGGAGGAACACACUCACGCAUGGGAUCAUCAAGGUUUCGUGUACAAGUACAUCUCGUACACCAUUUAUCAAGAGACACAACAGGACUUUCAAGCUUACAGAUGCAUCAUCUGAGCACUGCCCCCCAGGAGAGUUUGUUAGAGAAAUUCCACUUUCAACCCGGAUCCCAGAAGAUGCUAAUAUCGAAGCCUAUUAUGAUGGACCAGGAACAGUGCUUGAGAUACUGGUGCCAAAACUCCGUGUGGGACCCGAAGAACAUGAGGUCCGGGUAUGUCUCCGUCCUCACCACGGGGGUAACGAUCUUAUGUUUUCCUAAAAGCCUACUAGGUCAGACAAUGCAGGGUGGUUUCUACGUAUGGUGUUUCAUUUGUUCGCUGACUUUUGUGCCUUAAUGGUGGUGUAAUCUAUGAAACAGAAUUAGCAUCUGAAAUUUGUGAUGCUCUCUCGGUUUUCAUGGACUAACUCCUCUGGUUACUUGCUUCUGCAUCUGAUUUAGCUACCACUCCGAUUGGCAUUCAACUUAUACACGAGUUAUCAGAAUAUCAGCCUGCAUCUCUGUCAAUCAGUCCAAACGUGUUCUCUUAUAUAAAAUUUGUUACAUUUGCAAGUCCUUUUUUUUUUUUAAAAAAACCUUUUUCCGAUUUGGGUUUGGAUGUACCACUCAUAUAACAAGCUUCUAUGUAGCAGUUAUCCUACCUUUGAUCAUUAAUAUUGAACAAGUCUGUGAUAUUCGGAAAA